UCCUGGGCUUGAUAAUACUCACGCACCCUUCCUCUCGUGCAGACUCCAGGUGCCUUCUAGGUUACAGGUCGCUUAGGUGAAAGUGGAGGGAGAUUUAGGGUUUAUCGACCUCGAGAGACAGACAUUCCUGAGACAUCCCUGAGACGAGGCACAUUGUGUUGCAGGACUCUCUCUCUACACGAAAGAGAUUGGCCGAGGAAUGCGUUUCAGUGUGAGCACCGGUAGAUUGUUGCUCGGAAUUGCGGAUGGGAAGAUAAUUAUACUUGCCCGGGGCGGACACUGAUUAGUUGUGUGGGGAGUUCGGGCUGGCUAGCUGGAAGUUUUAAGACGUGGAAAUUCCGGACGUGCUAAAUUUGUGUCGGUCGGAGGAGCUGUGGAAGAAUCAGCGUAUAUCCUGCAUCAGAGCUGAGGAGGUUUGAGUGGGUGUUUGCUCCGAGGUUUGGAGGAAAUGAAGCGUAAACGUGGAAAGGACAAAGCCCUGGCUGCCGAUGAUGGUGUUUCGACUUCGAAAGGACCUGCUCCGUUGAGUAGCAAUUGGCUGGAACUGCAAGCAGCAUUGGGCAAACAGGUCAAAUACAAGAAGAAGACAAAACCCUCAAAAGAAACGCCCACCGCAGUCGCAUCUGCAGGUGUUAGCAAAGGAGAGAAAGAUGAGGCGGUGUCUCUACAGCCAACCAGUUCAGAUUUCAGUGUUACAAAGGUCUUGGCCAUGGAUUGUGAAAUGGUGGGAGUUGGAGUGGAGGGCAAGAGAAGUGCACUAGCCAGAGUUACUCUCGUGAAUAUAUACGGAAAUGUUGUAUAUGACAAGCAUGUGCGCCCCCAAGAGUUUGUCACAGACUUUCGUACCCAAGUUAGUGGAGUACGUCCUCGUGACUUAAGAAAAGCGGAAGAUUUCUGGACAGUACAGAAGGACGUAGCGGAACUUAUCAAGGGGAAAGUUUUGGUCGGUCAUGCGCUACAUAAUGAUCUGAAGAUAUUGCUCUUGAGUCAUCCUCGGAAGGACAUUCGCGACACUCAACGUUACAAGUCUCUACGCAGUGACAAUGGGCGAGUACAAGCACUGAAGCACUUGGCUGCCGAACACCUCGGAGCAAGUAUACAGGAGCGAGAGCACGAUUCGAUCGAAGAUGCCAGAGCAGCGCUAUUUCUGUACAAGAAGUUCAGGGAGGACUGGGAGAAAGGCUUGAAGCAACGCAGGAUGGGAAGUAAAGUGGCCAUUGCAUCUGGCGAGGAGAAGUCAAGAUCUAGUCGAUAGAUGCGGUAGGACGCUGUGAGCUCUUAUUUCUGCAAAGAUGUAACAAAUCCGCACUUGGCAGGGUAUCGAUUUUUCUACCCUUCAGUGUCUGAUGUAUUGAUUAAUGUUCAUCUCACAGCGAUCUGCUCGCUCUUUUGUUUCCGAUUGCAACGCUCUCCGUUUCUCGAGAGAAGGUGCUUUGUUGUGGUAAACCAUGUACAGAGGUGGUACCGGCAUGGACGGGAUUGCCACCAUGUACCAGUUCAGGCGAAUGGCAUCCAUGGGUCGAUGAUAGCUGCGCUGUAGUUAUUUCGUCAGGUACAUCAGUGAAGUCCAAGUAUGUCGCAGGUGAAUCCUGUAUUUCUCGCUUGGUGUAGUGAGGAAUAUAUCCGCAACAUAUGAAGAGAGCAAAUGGUAACAAGUUUUGAUGGAGGAGCGGAACUCAAACGGGCGUGCAAAGGCUGAAGAGCUGUCAAAUGUGGAAGAGUACAAGGCCCAGAUUCUCCGAAGACCACUUCGAUUUCUUGCAAAUUUAUCACUAUUUAUGCCUUCGAUUUUCGAGUUGUGUUCCACUGCAUCCUUCUUUAUUCCAGCAGUUUUGUUCUUUGUAUUACAAGUCUGCUAAGCAAUAUAUCAUACUUCCGUGCAAUAUCCAAUAUUGCAUUAGUAUGUUCUCGGA